AUGGCUGCUGAAAACGACAACAAACAUGGAAGGCAUGAAGACCUUCUGGGUUCCGAAGGCGAAUCUUUGGAUAGGACCAGCGAGAAACGCAUCGAGUCGGAUAUUGAAUUGCAAGAGACCAAUUCUUCGCCAGUCCAAAGAGAAACAGAAGGAACUGCUCGUGUGGAUGUCGAUGCAGAGGUUAUUAGGGAUAGAGGUGUCUAUCGUGUGGAGGCGCUCAAGGAAGUCUUAUACUCACACACCAAGGGUCUUCAAAUGAGAAUAACGCUAGGUGUCUCUGUUCUUUUGUGUGCCUGGGCGUCCUCGUUGGAUUGGUCUGUCACUACCAGCUUGGAGCCAUGGGCUACCUCUGCCUUCAACCAACACUCUAUGGGACUUGGAACUCUUGCCAUUGCUGUCAAAAUCAUUGGUGCUAUCUCUAAACCUGUUUGGGCAAGGAUAGCCAACAUUGUGUCACGUCCAGCUACCUACAUGAUCUCCAUGGUGUUCUACAUUCUAGGCUAUGUCAUAGUUGCUUCUAGUAACACUAUUUCAGCGUACAUUGCUGGAUCUGCUUUGGCAGCUGCUGGAGAUUCUGGUGUCGUAUUUCUUAACAGGAUUAUUGUAGCUGACAUGACAUCAUUGAAGUGGAGAGCCCUUGCAACUUCCUCCUUGAGCACGCCAUACAUCAUCAACACUUGGUAUGCCGGGUAUAUUGUUCAGGAUCUAGGACCUACCGGCUGGAGAUGGGGUUACGGUAUGUUUUGUAUCAUCAUGCCAGUCGUUUUGUCUCCAGCUACUAUAAUCAUGUUUUGGUUCGAGAACAAGGCCCAUAAGCAUCUUGGUGAUGACAGGAACUUGAACUAUAAAACCGAAAUGGGCUUCAGAAAGAAUUGGAAGCUGCUCAUUUGGAGAGUGAUUCUUGAAGUCGAUGCGCUUGGAUUACUUGUUUUGGGAUUCUCCUUUUCUCUUCUUUUGUUGCCGUUCUCCUUGUACAAUAAUGCUGACGACCAUUGGAGGAACCCAAGCUUGAUCGCUAUGUUCGUUGUUGGUGGUAUUCUUCUUAUCUUCUUCAUCAUCUAUGAGUUCUACUUGGCGCCGUUCCCUAUCCUCCCUAAAAGAUGCUUGAACAGGACUCUUAUUGCUUCAAUCGUUAUUGACUUCAUUUAUCAGCUUGCGGGAAUGAUUCCUUCGGUUUAUACAUCUUCGUUUGCAUGGAUCGUCAAAAACUGGAGCAACAAGGAGUGGACGUACUUCAAUAACACCUUGACUAUGGCUCUUUGUGUAUUUGGCGUUGUGUCUGGUAUUUGUAUGAGGUUCACUCAUAGCUUCAAGAUUUACCAGUACUUCGGCAUAGUCUUAGCCAUAGUUGGUGCUGGAAUUAUGAUUGACGGUAGGACAGCCAGCGAUAGUACCGUUCGGUUGGUUUGGUCUCGUCUUCUUUCUGGUAUUGGGGGAGGUUUCAGUGUACCAGCAUCGAGUGUUGCGUUACAAGCUUCCAUCCCUCACAGAGACAUGGCAGUUUCCAUUUCAAUUUUGAGUUUGACUUCUUCUAUCGGUGCUUCAAUAGGUUCAGCAAUUUCCACAGCAAUUUGGCAGGGAAAAAUGGAAGCAGCCUUACGAAAGCAUAUGCCUUCGAGCGUUUCCAACGAGCAGGUGAAAAGCUUCUUCGCCAAUAUCAGCAAUCUCAGAGACUACGACUACGAUAGCGAUAUAAGACAAGGCGGUAUAAGAGCCUACAGGGAAGUGAAUUUCUACUUCUAUCCAAUUGCCCUUAGCUUGCAAGCCAUUCGCCUUGUAGCUGUUUACUUCCAAAGAAACUACUACCUUGGUGAUACUAAUAAUGCUGUUGAAGAUGAAGACGGUAACUUGAUCCCUGUCGAAAAGCAACAAAUGAAAGGGCAAGACGGAGAAAAGGGAGGAAAGAGGAAUUGGAAGAAGAUCUUGCUCAAUGUAGAUGGUUGA